AUGGAGAUGAACGGCACUCAAAGAGCCGCCGCUCAUUCAACAAUCACAAGCAACAAUCAUGCGGACGAGAUCAUCGGAGCUGAAAUCAGCAACAAAUCCAGACCAUUCAAUCAAUUCGACAUCGUCCAUGGUUGUUCUGAUCAUCACUAUGCAAAAUUGCAUAAACCAAGUAGGUGGGCCAAGGAAUGGAACAAGAAGAUUCAACAAGAAUGGACGGUCCUCAGUAAAAAUCUACCGGACUCGAUUUUCGUUAGAGUCUAUGAAGAGAGGAUGGAUCUUAUGAGAGCUGUCAUUGUUGGGGCCACAGGAACUCCCUAUCAUGAUGGCCUCUUCUUUUUUGAUAUCUGCUUCCCCUUCGACUAUCCUCGCCGGCCUCCCAACGUAUACUACCGCUCGAGGGGGCUGAAGUUGAAUCCGAACUUAUACGCGAACGGGACCGUUUGUCUUAGUCUUCUUAAUACAUCACAUGGACGGAAAUCCGAGCUUUGGGACCCAUCGAAAUCGACUAUGUUACAAGUCUUGGUUUCGAUUCAAGGGCUAGUGUUGAACACAAAUCCAUUGUUCAAUGAGCCUUCUUAUGCCAAGAUGGCUGGAAAGCGUUCGGGAGAGAAAAAGUCCAGUACUUAUAAUAAGAAGGUAUUUAUGCUAUCUUGCAAGUCGAUGCUGUACACGAUUGAGAGACCGCCGAUGCAUUUUAAGGAGUUCGUGACGGCGCAUUUUCGAGAUCGUGCGAUAGCGAUAUUAGAUGCUUGUAAAUGUCAUAUUGAGGGGGGCAUGGGUGGAGGAGAGGGUGUGGAUGAUAAGAAUUUUAAGGCUCAUUUGAGCUUGAUUUUUCCAAGGUUUUUGGGUGCAUUUUCGAAGAUGGGAGCUGAUUGCAGGCGGUUUCGUAUGAAGGAAGCCGUAGCUGGAUCGCUUAGUGGGCCAAAGGUGGACCAAUCUAUCGAGAAGGAAGCUGAAGCUGGAGCACCGUCUGUUGGUGGGCCCAAGGUCGAUAAAGCUAAAGCUAAAGGAGCUGGUGGGAAGUCAUGGAAAUCAUUCCUUGGAUUUGGAAAGUCUUGGAAGGUUUGGAUUGAAUCCCUUGGAAUUUGUCAUAAACCAAACGCUUCUUAG